AUACGAAAACAGAAAUGAGUGUCAGCAAGAUUUGAGAAUACAGAGCUCUGACAAUCAAGUAAUAGGAAAUUUGUCAGUUGACCCAUGACAGAAAGACAAGGGAACCAUCUCAUCUUGUGUCAUUUUUCAAAUCUCAAUAAUCUCUCUCUUUCUUCUCAAAUCAUUUUGAAUUUCCCAACAUCACUCCCAAUGCUCAUUUCUUUACUCAUAAACAUUAAAAACCACUAGCAACAAUAUCAAUUUUUAUCACUUUAGUUAGUUACUCGAGGAACUUCAUUCCAAGAAGAUCAACAAAAAACACAACAUUUUGCUUUUAGAAACAAACAAACCAACACAUUUUCACUCAUUUCUUUAGGUCUUUUUGCCAGAAAUUGAAUAUGAAAUUUGUAAUGUUGUGGGUUCUGGUUUUAUUUAGGGUUUUGGUUUCAAUGGUGGGUGCUUCUGACAGUCUUCUUUCUCCAAAAGGUGUCAAUUAUGAAGUGGCUGCAUUGAUGUCUAUGAAGGGUAAAAUGAUUGAUGAGUAUCAUGUGCUUGAUGGAUGGGAUAUUAAUUCUGUUGAUCCUUGUACUUGGAACAUGGUUGCUUGUUCUUCCGAGGGUUUUGUAAUUUCUCUUGAAAUGGCUAGUACCGGAUUAGCAGGCACGUUAUCCCCAAGCAUUGGAAAUUUAGGACGUCUUCGCACAUUGUUACUACAGAACAACGCAUUAUCAGGUCCAAUCCCAGCUGAAAUUGGAAAACUUACAGGACUAGAAACUCUUGAUUUAUCAAGUAAUCAAUUCGUAGGCGAAAUCCCGAGCUCUUUGGGUUCGUUAACUCGUCUAAGUUAUCUGAGACUAAACAAGAACAAGCUGUCAGGGGAUAUUCCCGGACCUGUGGCAAACCUCACAGGUCUUUCAUUCUUGGAUGUGUCGUUUAAUAAUCUCAGUGGGGCCUCUCCAAAGAUUAGAGCUAAAGAUUACAGGAUCACUGGGAACAAUUAUCUUUGCACUUCAUCAUCCUCGUUAAGUUGUGUCAACGUCCCCAGAGUCGCAAAUGAAAGCAACUCAGGAAAGCAAGUUGACAAUCACCACCGUUGGAUCGUUUCCGUUACACUUGGAGUUAUUUGCACGUUCGUGGCUUCUAUAAUGGUUCUUGUUUGUGGAGUCCAUUGGUACCGAUCUCGCCUUAUAUGUACAUCCUAUGUGCAGCAAGAUUAUGAGUUUAACGUCGGUCAUUUACAGAGAUUUACAUUUCGUGAACUACAAGUUGCAACCGGGAAUUUUAGUUCCAAGAAUAUAUUAGGUCAAGGCGGUUUUGGGGUGGUUUAUAAAGGGUGUCUUGUAAAUAGGAGUUUGGUGGCGGUAAAAAGACUAAAAGACCCUAAUUUAUCAGGGGAAGUACAAUUUCAGACUGAACUUGAGAUGAUAAGUUUGGCAUUGCACCGGAACCUUUUACGUCUUUACGGAUUUUGUUUAACUUCUGAUGAAAGAUUACUUGUUUACCCUUAUAUGCCAAAUGGCAGCGUUGCAGAUCGCUUGAGAGAUGGUGGUCGGGAAACACCGAUUUUGGAUUGGAAUAGAAGAAUGCAUAUUGCACUUGGAGCCGCAAGAGGACUACUAUACUUACAUGAACAAUGUAACCCCAAAAUAAUCCAUAGAGACGUAAAAGCUGCAAAUAUUUUACUAGACGAGAAUUUUGAAGCAGUCGUUGGUGAUUUUGGUCUCGCUAAGCUAUUAGACCCCCUUGAUUCACAUGUCACGACCGCGGUGCGUGGUACCGUGGGCCACAUCGCACCAGAAUAUCUCUCCACCGGUCAAUCUUCUGAAAAAACCGACGUUUUUGGUUUUGGAAUACUUCUUUUGGAACUUAUAACGGGACAAAAAGCAUUAGAUGCAGGCAAUGGUCAGGUUCAAAAGGGAAUGAUCCUUGAUUUGGUUAGAACUUUAUAUGAUGAAAAGCGGUUGCAUGUAUUGAUAGACAGGGAUCUUAAAGGUUGUUAUGAUGAGCAAGAGCUAGAGAAGGCUGUGGAACUUGCACUCCUUUGCACUCGGGCCCACCCGACUUCUAGACCAAAGAUGUCAGAAGUCAUGAAGGUAUUAGAAAGUAUCGCGGGUCAACCCUGCAAUUUGGACGAGACACAAGCGGAACCCGCCCAACAAUGUGUUGAAAGAGCUUUUAGCUUUUCUAGGAGUCACAAUGAUGCUCGUGAAGGGUCCUCGUUUAUAAUAGAAGCAAUGGAGCUUUCUGGACCUCGCUAACGUUUCUAUAUGGCGUCUUGAAGAAUCAGUUGUGGUGUAAUUGUGAAUAUUUAAAGUUUAGAAAUGGAGCCAUAAGUUUUGUUAGGGUCUUUGGUUAUAUGCCUAAACUGAUGUGUGGUGAGCAAUGGUAUGGCUUAGACAUUUCAAUGACUAUCAUACACGUGCAUUGCACAUGAGCUUGAAUCGUUA